AUGGCGCCGGCGUCGGGCUACAAGCACGGCGACAACACGCCGAAAAGGGCCAUGGUCCGCGGCACCAUCUCGUACCUCGAGUCGCAGGGCCUGCCGGUCAACAAGUCGGCCAUCUUCAGGCACUUUGACCUGUCGCGGUCCCAGGGCUACGCGGCGCUGAGCUCGCCGUCGUCGUCGAAGCGGAGUGACCCGGAGUGGGAGGAGACGCGCGGGCGGCCGAGCAAGGUCUCGGAGGCGGACCAGCGGCGGAUGGAGGCGCUCCUGUGGGAGGACGAGGGUCCCCAGCAGCACCCGCAGCAUCAGCAACAUGAGCUCGGGCAGCAUCACCACGGCGAGGGCGGCAGCAAGGCGGAAUCGGGGACCUCGGCGGACAGCAGCGAGGCGGGCGGGUUCAACUGGACGCGGCUGGCCAAGGCGGCGGGCGUGGAGGUGACGGUCAACCCGCGAACGCUGCACCGCGCAAUGGGCACGCUAGGUUAUCGGCGGUGCCUGUCCUGCGGGCAAAACGUCGUGCAUCGCCGCUGCCGGGAGAAGCGCGCGGACUGGGCGCGGCGGAUGCUCGAGACGUACCCGUCGACCGAGGACUGGCGCCGCGUGCGCUUCAGCAUCGAGCUGCACUUUGGGUUCGGGCUCGACGGCCGGGUGCGCCUGCUGCCGCGCCCAGGCGAGCGACUGCAGUGCCCCAGUUGCAACACAGGCGACGAUGCUUCCGGCUCGAGGUCCGAUGCGGGCUGGUCACGGGACAUCAGAAAGGUGCACGCGUGGGCGGCGGCGGGGUACGGGUUCAAGAGCGGGCUGGUCUUCUACGAGGACUCGACGAGCCCCAACUGCGGCGGGACGCCCAGCAUGGCGGACUACCAGUACAAGAUCCUGGACAAGGAGGUCCGGAGCUGGCUGUCGGCGGACCCGACGUUCGUGCUGUACGAGGACGUGGAGGCGUUUGCGCACGGCGGGCUGAGCAAGCAGAACGCGGUGCAGGCGUGGAAGGAGAGCGUCGGGCUCCGGCACGUGUUUAGCUGCGGCGACGCGCCGGACCUGAACCCCCUGGAGACGCUCUGGCCUCCUGCGAAGCAGUGGCAGUUUGGCGAGGGCAAGGGGGAGAGCGGCGCCGCUGGCGGUGGCGAAGAGGACGGCGGCAAGAACCGUGACUGGGAGGACGAGACGCUCCGCGGGAUGGCGAGGCGGGCGUGGGAGGGCAUGGAGCAGGAGAGGGUCAACAUCUGGGUGGACUUUAUGGUGCAGAGGCUGCGGCAGGUGGUGGAGAGCGAGGGCAGGUUGGUGCCGUGGUAG